UCAACCUCUUAUAUAUAUAUAUACAGUAAGCAAUAACACAUACUCAUAACACAGCAAGAAAGAAAAUCUUCAACAGAUCUGUGAUACAUAUUCAAGAUGACAAUGACGUGUGCUGUGAUGUUUGUGUUGGUGGCGGCUGUCAGUGGCGUCCCCCAAUAUAUUUCUCCUCCAGAGUCCUCCUACGUCGCUCCCGCCCCUACCUGUAACCCUGUCACCAUCACCCAGACGACCACUGAUUACCAGGAGGUCACGGAUACGACCACCCAGCCCGUCUACACCACCACAACCUCUUACAAAACUGAAACUCAAAUUCAAUAUGAAAUCCAGGUCGAGACAGCAGUCCUAACUCAAACAGAGACCAAAUACCAAACAAGGACCGAAACUGAGGUAGUAGCCAUAACCCUCACGAACACCCAGACCAUUUACUCCACCACCUACGAGACCCAAACUGAAAAUAACUUCGUCACCCAGACAGAGACAGAGGUUCAGACUCAGUUUGAGACUGUCUGCCCAAAACCUGCUUACAGUGGCUAGAUUAAAUGUUCUUCAACGUUAAGUACAUAAUACAGAGCCAUAUAAGUCACAUCAGGGGUGGAUCCAGGAAUAUCAAAAGGGGGGGGGGGGUUCCAAGAAGUUGUGGGUGGAGUAACAAGGCAAGCACAGCGAAUCCACCCAGCCGGGGGAGGGGGGCACUAUAAACACACACCCUCCCAGAAUUUUUGUGAAAUCUGACCAAUAUUAUGGGCAUUUUGAAGCCCCCUGCACAUUCUCAUGACUUCAUAAUAGAUAACUGUAUAACACAUCGCUUCCUCUCUACUACUAUAAUUUGAUAAUUUGUUAGUUAUUACAUAACCAUCCUAACCAUGUUAUUGGAAGUUAUAGCUUUAAAAAAAAAUUAUUUUUAUUUCUGGACAAAUGAAUGAUACAUAUCUAGUCUUGAAAGUGGGUGCCAGUAUGUUAAGGGCUCACCUGGCAAUAGUUUACUUUAUCCUCUUUUACAUACUGUUAUCCACGCACUGUUGGCAAGUACUGGACAUGCACCGGCUCCGGAA